UUUUUCCCAGUGGUCACUCUGGAAGAUUUAUUUCACAUUUGUCACCACAAAAAGUAUCUGUCUGUCUGUAAUAACGUGGUUGGGUGGGUCUAGCAGCCGGGCUGGGCCUACAUACAUGUGACUUUAAUUAUGAGGUACUGUCCGUUUCUAGUCCAUAAUGUCUGCAGAUACAGGUCUUUAAAUUAUAAACAUUUAAUUCAGAGGUUAAAUUCUCAAUCACAGUAUCAUCAGAGAAGCAUAACAUCAAGUGCAGGAACUGCAGAAUAUGAUCUUGUAGUCAUUGGAGGUGGUUCAGGGGGAUUAGCAUGUGCUAAGGAAGCUGCUGGAUUUGGUAAACGUGUAGUAGUAUUGGAUUAUGUGGCAGCUUCACCAAGAGGUAUGUAUGUUAAUUUCAGGAUUUUACGCACUCAACAUGGUAUUGGUGGAACCUGCGUAAACGUUGGCUGUAUACCGAAAAAGCUAAUGCAUGAAGCAUCAUUAUUGGGCCAUGCUCUCAAUGACUCGGUUUACUAUGGAUGGCAAACACCACAAAAUAUCACUCAUGACUGGAGUAAACUUGUUGAGAAUGUGCAAAAUUAUGUGAGGUCAUUGAACUGGGGACACAGAGUUCAACUUAAGGACAAAGAAGUUGAGUACCUAAAUGCUAAAGGAUCAUUUGUUGAUGAGAACACAGUGAAGGCCGUUACUCAAAAUGGGACAGAAACUCUGCUUCGUGCAAAGAAUGUGGUAGUAGCAACAGGAGCACGGCCACGUUAUUUGAAUGAGGUUUCAGGUGCUAACGAAUUCUGUAUAACCAGUGAUGAUAUAUUCUCCUUACAAAAACCUCCUGGUAAAACAUUAGUGGUUGGUGGAAGUUAUGUAGCUUUAGAGUGUGCUGGGUUUCUUCAGGGGUUGGGUUAUCCAACAUCAGUCAUGGUGCGCUCAAUAUGUUUAAGAGGUUUUGAUCAGCAAAUGGCCUCCUUAGUUACUGACCAUAUGUCGAGUAUGAAUGUUAAUUUCAUACGAUCAUCUAGUCCACAAAAAGUUGAACUUCAGGAAAAUGGACAGCUAUUGGUCACGUGGAUACAGUCAGGUGAUCAAAAGCAAGAUGUAUUUGACACUGUCAUGAUGGCUGUAGGUCGGGAUCCAGUGACACGUCAUCUUGGUCUUGAAAAUACAGGUGUAAAACUUCACACAAAUGGCAAAAUCCUUUCGGUUAAUGGUGAACAAACUAAUGUAAAGCACAUUUAUGCUAUUGGGGAUAUUCUGGAGGGUGGUGUUGAGUUGACUCCAGUGGCUAUCAAAGCAGGCAAGCUACUUGCAGCGAGGCUCUUUUCAGAUUCUGAACAGUGUAUGGAUUAUGAAAAGGCUGCUACAACAGUGUUUACACCUUUAGAAUAUGCAGCAGUAGGGUUGUCGGAGGAGGUGGCUUUGAGGAGAUACGGUGAUGAAAAUAUUGAGGUGUAUCAUGCAUUCUAUAAACCAUUGCAAUACACAGUAUCGCAGACACCAGCUGAUCAGUGUUACAUGAAGGUGAUAUGUCUCCGAGAAGCUGACCAGCCAAUCGUCGGGAUCCAUUUACUGGGUCCUCAUGCGGGGGAGAUGAUGCAAGGUUUUGCAGUAGCAAUUCAGUGUGGUGUCACUUACAAACAGUUAUCAUUAACUGUAGGUAUUCAUCCCACAUGUGCAGAGGAAGUUGUCAAGAUGCAUAUCACCAAGAGGUCAGGUGCUGACCCUACAGUCACAGGCUGCUGAGGUUAAAUCAAUCCCAUAAUUCCUGCAUGCAUUGCUAACAUAAAAGGUACAAAAUGCUAGGUUUUUUAUAAGUGAUAUUGUAGCAUAAUUAACAUCUUAUGAAUCAGAUAUGAUUUUUAUUUUGGUUACAUUUUUUAAAAUAUUGGUUUCUGCAGUAUUUUACUCAUUAACAACUACUCUUAUAUGUAUAAUAGUACUUUAAUCAUCUAUGCAAAAGGAUAUUAUACAAAUAUAGAAUGCUAAAAAAUGGAACAUUCCAUUCAACACUCAUCCAAUCAAAUGUUAAGAUCUAAAUACACAAUGAUAGUCUUAUUUAUUAUUCAAAUUAUUUUUUUUGCAUAUCUUUGUAAUCAGGCCUGAUGUUACCAUCGAUAUUGAUGAGAGGCGGCCACAAUAUUUAUUUAAUUUAUAAGCCAUGAAAUAGGCACCAAGGGGUGAAGCAUAGCAAGAGCCACUUCUCAGCCUGUCAACAGUGCAAGCUGGUUGAACUAAGCAUGGCUAGCGAGAAUGGUCAGCGUGUGGCUCAAACCCUCAAAGAGAUUCAAGACCUGAAGGGAAGUCGCUGCACCAAACUGCCUGGUUUGAUACAGUAUAGCAAUUAAAAUUGUAUACUACUAUUAGGAUCUUAAUUAGGCACAUAAUAAUAAUAAUGAUAAUGAUAGUAAAUAUUAGUUACAAUAUUAAGAGCAAUGUUUGCAGGAUGUUGGGAUUGAUUGACCUAUGAUUGACUAAUAAAUAAAGCGAUUUUGUUUUAUGAUGUUGUGUUGGUACAGAUGAUGACUAUCUCUUAAACCUCAUUGGUGGAGAAAGUUUGAAGGUGACAACGAAGACCUCAUUUAAAUCGCUUGUAUUUCAAUUAUAAAUUUUUUAAUUUGCCAAUGAAAGCAAAGUAUUUCAUAUGUUUGUUAAAAUAAUUAUUGAAAUUAUAUUUAAUAAAUUGUGAAGGAGGUAAGAA